CGCCGCUCCAGUUCAGUCACAUUCAUUCUCGUGGCGAGUUCACAGUGACAACAAGUCAGCCCAGCCCAGCCCAGCCCAAUCCCAAACCAUCCCAAAAUGAACAAAUUCAUCGUCCUUGCCGUCGCCGCUCUGUCCGUUGCCUGUGUCCAGGCUCGUCCUGAUGCCUUCGACGCCGCCGCCGAGACAAGGGAGUACAAGAGCGACCUGAAGGAGGAUGGCAGCUAUCAGUACCAGUACCAGACCUCCAAUGGCAUCGCCGGCCAGGAGGCGGGUGUGGGAGGCUACUACGCAAGCGGUUCCAACGCGUACUACGCCCCCGACGGCCAACUCAUCCAGUUGACCUACACGGCUGACGCGACUGGCUUCCACCCCGCCGGCGCCCACCUGCCCACUCCCCCACCCAUCCCAGCGGCUAUCCUGAAGUCCCUGGAGUACAUCCGCACCCACCCGCACCAGGAGACGCGCCAGGGUCAGGGACGCUUCUAAGCGACUGUUGGGGUUAAACCAUGUUCCACGUUAUCCGAGUUAGGCUUAAGUCAUAUCAAAUAAAGUAAACAUCGAUUGGGGUUGCUAAAACACUCCCAAAAAUUAAAAA